AUGAUCCAAGUGAUAGACUCUUCGGACACUCCAUGUUCUCCCAUUGAUGAGCCUCAGCACGAUCAGCAGGACGACGAGGAUGGGCAACAGCUUGGGCCCGUCGACGAACGAGUGGAAGCGGCAUUGACUGCCUUGGUCAAGCACUACAGCGACCCCAUCCAUGCUACCCCUAGAAAUGUCCUAUCUUCUUCCAACCUUGUGAUUCCACCGGUAGUGGCGCAUUGGGUGAACGAGUUAUCCCAAGGAAAAGACAUCAAUAUCCUGAUAAGACAGCUGAUAGAAGGAUACCCCAGUCAUAUACGACCAGUUCUAUUGCAGCAAAAUGCUGCCAAUCACAUUUACGUGGAGCCUACGGGGAUUCCAGUGUUGCAGCAUUAUCUGCUACUGAUACAACAGUUACGGCACCAUUGGCACAACAAAGCGGAUAAUGACGAGAAGAAUGACAAUUCGCUACUACUUGCCAACAACAGUCUUUUGGAAAUAUCCCCCAUCUCGCAGGAUGCUACCCACAACAAGAGCAACAAUGAAGCACCUGCUUUUGCAGCUGCCUUGUCCGCCAUGGCUACGGAUGUGAGUACGUGCACCAAAAUUUGCGUCAUACUGGCGGAAGAAGAAAAAGAGGAAGAAGAAAAAGGAGAGGUAUCCUGCCAUACGGUAGCAAAUACGGUUCUUCCCACUCUGAUUCAAAUCAUGACAGCGUCAUUGGACUGUUGCUACGACAAUCCCCUACUAGACGAUCCCACGACUUUGUUGAAAUGCGCCAUUGCCCUGUUGGCCUUUGGAACCAAUCCACGCUUGGAUCCACGCGAUGUGGUGCCAUCUCUGGAAAGCAUUCUCAUGGUGCAUCGGCCACAUCCUGCGCUUUUGUACACGCCCAUUCCAGCACUUCAAACCGAUACUGUAUCGUCAUCAAGUGAAUAUAUCAAUUUGGGAUUUCAUUGGACCGAGGACAACUUUUGGAAUCAGCUCAAACUCGAUGGACGGCCUUGGACGCAACAAGACGACGACAUUUUAGAAGAGUUUUGGAAACAGCUUCACAAACGUUUGCUACCACAGAUGUUGGACCGCCACAAUUCGCAACCGUCUCUGCUACGAAUAGAGAAUCCCAAGACAGACGACGACAAGUCAUCGUCCCAAGAAAUCAUGCGAGAAUGCCUCCAGGCGCUCGGUCCCACCAAAGUGGCCAAGGCGGUUCGGGCACACUUUUUUGCCAGAGACGUGACACCCUUAUUAUUGGCCCAAGACAAACUGGUUGACACCAGACACUACAACAAAAAGACGAAACUCAUGCUGGGAUGGGAGGUCCCUGUCCAACAAAAAGACGAAACCUUGCCCGACCGAAAACCCUACCAAGACAUUCCCUCCCGUGUUCAUGUCGUCAUGCACUACAUUCUCCUACUUGAUGACAACACAAUGAUGGUGAAGGAUUCAGUGUUGGAGGAAAUACUUCCCAUCAUUUAUGAAUUGCUCGGAGCAUUUCAGACGUACUAUGUCGGCAUGGGGGCAGCCGCCUUGAUACAUCUCGUAAUGAUCACAGCAAAUACAACAAUGACUCCACCACCCAAGAACACGUCCCAAGCGCUGCUUUCUGUGGAGGACACUACAACAACGACAACAUCAACAACUGAUCCAUUUCUCUUUGCCAAGUACGCGGGAAGCUUAUUGCCCGUACUCGACUUGGCCUGUCAAACAUGUCGCGAAGGACCGCCCUUUUGCCUCCUGGCACGAGCCCAAAGUUUGUUGUGCGAAGCCGCGGCUGGAGAUCGCCCAGUCUUUGUGAAACAUCGACGUCAAGUCACGCGCUACUUUCUGACGUUGCUCGACAAGUACCGCCAUAAAGUAUCCGAUCCCGAUGGAUUGCUCUGGGCACUCCUCGUGGGAGGCAUUAUUCCACUUUUGCAACAGCAUGCGACGCUGCCCGAAUGCACGACAUCGAUCGAUGCCCUCGAAGUGGGACGUUUGGGGUUGCAGGCAUUGCUGCCCAUUGUACGAUUCAGUGCCGGGUAUCGAGUCGAUCAACUCGAUGACAGCAUGAUGACGAACGACGACAAACUCAACGAAACGCGCAAACUACUGGGUCCCUCCGUCUUGGCAUUGACCCACUUGAUGCAGGCGGCCUACCCAAUAAUGCCACGGCAUGGAGGGAAAAUCAUGAGUGAAUUGUUGGGGUUGCUGGGAAAUUUACAACCACAAGUCACCACGACGGAACAGGAUGGCCGGUUAUUGGGGCUCGUGAAGGAUGCCGCGGGAAUGGCACUGGUAAUUUGUGGGGAACGAGCGGAACAGGUAUUGGAGCAUGUCACAACCAAGGACUAUCAACCGGGGUUGGUGGAGUUGGCAUGUGAGAUACCAGUUAGGGCGGACAAAUGGAGGCAUGCCCAGCAAAAAGAUGGAACAGAAUGCAUGUAG